AUGUAUACCACCCGCAAUCCCUCUCCCGUCCCAACCUUCCCUCCCUUUGAGCCAAGUCGCUUGGGCACAUCUGAGGGAGGCCUCAUCACAUUGCACGUUGCCUUCCCGGAGUCUCCGAUAUUCCAACUGAGUCUUCUCGUCUUGGCGAUGUCCCUCCUAAUAACGACAACGGCGAUAAAGCAAUACAUUCGAGCGAAACGCACUUCAAAGCGCACAUUACGUGCAGCUGACGACGAGACCAAGAAAGCGCUCGAUCAAGCGGCCAAGAACCUUGCAAAAUUCGAAGCAAGCCGAAGGACUCCUCUCCCAAUAGAGGAGGACUCACUCCCCCCGCCGACCCGCUCACCAUCCGACGCCUCGCACCAUUCGCGAAAGCACGCAAACCCCAAGAUACAUCAGACGCUCAAGAGGACCAAGACGUUCUCCGCACAAAUCUUGACGACCGGCACGCGCCCGCUCCUGAACGCUCAACGUGCCGUCGUGAACCAAUGCACAAUCAUGGGCCGCGGGGUCCUCCACCCCAUGCGCACCAUGCGUCAUCACGCCGACGAGCCCACCAUUCCCGAGCUACCGACCACGGGCGAGGUUUCGAGUCCGGACCAGUCUUCAACGGAAUCCGAGUCGGAGAGGAGCUCGGAAGACUCGUCAGCCGCGGACGACACCGAUUCGACGCCGCCUUCCUCCAACGUCAGCCUCCCCUCGGAAGAGAAGGACGUCAAAUCGCCGGUGGCACGGGCACGCACCUUCCCCUUUAGCCGCACCCUCGCUAUGACGUUUUCCAUCCCCUCCACCCCCGACCGCGCCAACCGGACUCCUACCGCUAAGGGAGGCGUCCGCCGUACCGCCAACAAGGAUGGCGAGCCCAUCCGCUACGCUCGCCCUGCGCGUCCGGAAAACUCCAUAUCCGGCGUGGUGUACGAGACGCGGUUCGAGAGCCCGGUGAAGACGCUCUUCCGCACCAAGCCCAAGGGCAAGGCAGGCAACGGCAGUGCCAAGAAGACGAACGGAAAGCAAGGCUUCGGAUUCAUGAAGAGCAGCCCCAGCCUCCGCCGCCUGUUCUUUUCCUCCUCCUCCGAGGGAGAAGACAGCCAGUCCGACAGCGGGUUCUGGUCGCGCCGCUCCAGCCUCAGCUCCGAGGCUACAGGAGCGACCUCCGUGCGGUCCAGCAUCUCGGAGGAGGCCAAGAACACCACGGUCCCUGAUGCGUCCGGGACGUUCUCCGCGAUGCCCGGCUGCGUCAACGCAUAG